AUGGCACCUAAUAAAUAUCAGCAGCACCCCCCUUUCAGCCCAAACGCUAAGCUCCUGCAACGCUUCUACGCACCACUGAUACUUCUUAGUGUCUACGAUCCGACUCGAGGAAGAACAAAUGAGGAGACGUUGGAUGACGUAGUUACCGACCAACUGACUGAGCUUUGGCAUAAAUUCCUUGACAGUAUCUUGUUGUUGUGCGACUUCGAGAAAGGUGGUGAUACUGUGGCUGCAAUAGGUGCCCAAACGACCCCGGAAAGUCCUAUAUACUGGCUCGCGUCAAACUCGGGGAAAGUCAAGCGAUCUCGCGAACACCUCGUCUGGAUAUUUGAGCAACUGAAUAGGAUGUGUGCAGAUGAAGGUAUUUCUUACAAGGUACAAGAGGGCAUCGUGAAAGAGUCGAUCAGUUUUUGCUCGAAACGAAUCAACGAUCAGAGUCGGUGGUUAUCGAAGGAUAUCCAGCAUGCACGACAAGCCGCUGGGGCGUCCACCACGAACGAAGAAGUCCGUCUGCUCGAAAGUCUUGUGCAAUUCACCUCAUUGGCAGGACUUGGCGACAAUCACUGUCUCUGCUUGUUCGCCUACAAGUUUCGCAAAACUUCGGAAAUGAAAUGGCUGACUGAGAAACAUCACGCAAAUCCAGGGAGCAUUUGGUCAAGUAUUCGACAUCACAUCGGUCGACUUGGAGUCUGGGAGAAAGCAGCUGCAGUUCUUGUGCGUGGCACAAAACGCUUCCCACAAAGAGUAGAGAAGGCCAGCAUUGAGCUCGUGACGCCUGCUCCAUACGUUGAUUUGCCAUGCAGAGAUGACGAACAAAUACCCAGCCUGGAUCGGGUCAUGAAAACCAUGUUUGAUGCAAACAAUCGAAAUGUGGCGCGGCAGCUCAAUGAUGCCUUGGAGGAAACGAACAUCGUCGCAGAGAUCAAAGCGCCCUUUCGACAACGUUACACGCAAUUUGACCCCAGACCACAUGCAGAAUUGCUGGUGUUAGAGCAUUUCAAUACCAAGAAAUUAGAGUUUGUGGCUGAUGAUCCGUAUAUUGGCUGUAGCAAACCUUCGUGCUACUGCUGUGAUCUGUACAUGCGAUGUCAUCCGAUGAAACUUGCACGACGACCGACUCAUGGCAACCUGUGGAUCAACUGGGCGCCGCCUAUGCCGCUCCAGCCUAGUGAGAGAAAGGCGAUUACAGGAGUACGUCCACAAGAGCAUCACACCUUCAUCAUCUUACAAAAUAUGCUUACGGAGAUCCGGCGUGAUUUACGAAAGCAGAUCGAAUCAAGAAGACCCAGAGGAAGACGGCUGCCAGACUCUACGACAGGUAUGAUGAGCACUCAGGAAGGUUCACAAUUGAUACUAGACAAAGUGGUUGGAGAGAUGCUGAACUUGAGCGUUAUUCGAGACGUGCCUAAACAUUCGGAGCUGUAUAGCAGGAGCCAAGUUCCGCCAGAAGGAAACGGUCCAGACUCGAUUGCCCAGGUGUUGAUCGCACAGUCAGCAGGAACAGCCAUGAAAUCGAAGCUGCCCAAUGAUGAGGUGCCUGAGCAUCGUGCGUCGCACCUGCUCCACGUUUUCACCACAAGCAGACAAUCGGACCUUCGACGAACUGGUUUGCCAAUCAGGCAGCAAAAUGAUCUGCUCGACCAGUCCCAACACAAAGAUGGUCAGUCUGAUGAUGUGGUGGUCUUCGGUGGCAGACGUAUCCGGUCAACUUGA